AGCGCCGGGCGGGCCCGAUACACACGAGCAAGAGUCUGGUGGCUGCGGAGCCGGAGACGGAGCAGGGCCACCGCGCUGUGCUGCGCCGCGCCGCGCCAUGGCGCCCACACUUGCCACUGCCCAUCGGCGCCGCUGGUGGAUGGCCUGCACCGCCGUGCUGGAAAACCUCCUCUUCUCGGCAGUCCUCCUGGGCUGGGGCUCGCUGCUUAUCAUGCUCAAGUCGGAGGGCUUUUACUCCUACCUGUGUACUGAGCCAGAGAAUGUCACCAACAGCACUGUGGGGGGCACAGCAGAGCCAGAUCAUGAGGAGGUGACGUGGAUGAACGGCUGGCUCAGCUGCAAGGCCCAGGACGAGAUGCUGAACCUGGCAUUCACUGUGGGCUCCUUCCUGCUCAGUGCCAUCACCCUGCCCCUGGGCAUCGUCAUGGACAAGUACGGCCCGAGGAAGCUCCGGCUGCUGGGCAGUGCCUGCUUUGCCGUCUCCUGCUUGUUGAUUGCAUAUGGAGCAAGUAACCCAAACUCUCUCUCUGUGCUCAUCUUCAUCUCCCUGGCUCUGAAUGGAUUUGGUGGGAUGUGCAUGACCUUCACCUCAUUAACACUUCCCAACAUGUUUGGUGACCUUCGGUCCACGUUUAUUGCCUUGAUGAUUGGGUCCUACGCGUCCUCAGCAGUCACCUUCCCUGGAAUCAAGGUCAUCUAUGACUUUGGUGCCUCCUUCAUCGUCAUCCUCGUGGUCUGGGCCGGCUGCUCCGGGCUGGUUUUCCUCAACUGCUUCUUUAACUGGCCUCUUGAGCCCUUCCCAGGGCCAGAGGACAUGGACUACACAGUAAAGAUCAAGUUCAGUUGGCUGGGCUUUGACCACAAGAUCACAGGGAAGCAGUUCUACAAGCAAGUGACCACAGUGGGGCGGCGCCUCAGCGUGGGCAGCUCUGUGCGGAGCGCCAAGGAGCAGGCGGCACUGCAGGAGGGCCACAAGCUGUGCCUGUCCACCAUUGACCUCGAGGUGAAAUGCCAACCGGAUGCCGCAGCGGCCCCCUCGUUCAUGCACAGUGUGUUCAGCCCCAUCCUGUUGCUCAGCCUCGUCACCAUGUGUGUCACCCAGCUGCGGCUCAUCUUCUACAUGGGUGCCAUGAACAACAUUCUCAAGUUCCUGGUCAGCGGUGACCAGGAUAAAGUUGGCCUCUACACCUCCAUCUUUGGCGUGCUCCAGCUGCUCUGCCUGCUGACAGCCCCUGUCAUUGGCUACAUCAUGGACUGGAGGCUGAAGGAGUGUGAAGAUUCCUCUGAGGAGCCUGAAGAGAAAGACACUAACCAAGGUGAGAAGAAGAAGAAGCGGGACCGGCAGAUCCAGAAGAUCACCAACGCCAUGAGGGCCUUCGCCUUCACCAACCUGCUGCUUGUGGGCUUCGGGGUGACCUGCCUCAUUCCUAACCUGCCUCUACAGAUCAUCUCCUUCAUCCUGCACACGAUCGUGCGUGGAUUCAUUCACUCUGCCGUUGGGGGUCUGUACGCCGCCGUGUACCCUUCCACGCAGUUUGGCAGCCUCACAGGUCUACAGUCACUGGUCAGCGCACUCUUCGCUCUCCUGCAGCAGCCCCUGUUUCUGGCCAUGAUGGGCCCCCUCCAAGGAGACCCUCUAUGGGUGAAUGUGGGACUGCUUGUUCUGAGCAUGUUGGGGUUCUGCCUCCCCCUGUACCUGAUCUGCUACCGGCGGCAGCUGGAGCGGCAGCUGCAGCAGAAGAAAGAGGACGACAAACUUUUCCUCAAGAUCAACGGGUCAUCCAACCAGGAGGCUUUCGUGUAGCACGCACCACCUCAGAACUGUGGCCUCCCGCCCAUACUUCAGUGACUGACCAGUGUCCUCUUCCCCAUGCAGAGGACCCUCAUGCACCCCAGGAUCUCCUCCUUUACCAUUUCGGAGUCCACACUCCCUCCCAGGGUGCUGGGGCUUCCUCAGAGCUCUGCAGUGGAAGGACGGCAGAGGACCCAGAACAGGGGCCAUUUUCUCACUGCUGGAGGCAGAGCCUGCCCUGGGCUUUACUCUGCUGCCUCUGAGAGGCCCUGAGGCCUUGGGGCUCCGUGGAACCUGCAGGAGGAGCAGGGAGGACCCCCAGCCAGGCAGGUGCUCUCCUCAGAGUGUAUGCAUUCUGCCUCUUGCCAAAGCAGAGGGGUCUGCCAUCCACUGCCUGUCCCCCACCCCCGCAACGCAACUCGGCUGCAUGCCCACCAACCACACCUGCCUGAGGACAAAGGCUUGCACUGUCUGUAGUCCCCUCGCCUGGCCCCUCACCUCCUCCCCUGGCCAGUCAGGCUGCCUGAGGAAGGAAGGACCCGCUUCCUGUUGUUGGUGCUAACUCCUUUGUAAUCCCAACCCCCUGUGGCCUAUUCCUCCCAUCUGAGGCCUGGGCAGAAGCCUCGCUGGAUUA